CUUCUUCUUCUUCUUCUUCUUCUUCUUCUUCUUCUUCUUCUUCUUCUUCUUCUAUUUACUCCCUAGUAAGCAGGGGAGCGGAGCUCUGGGUACCCUAGGUAGCUCUUGGAAGGAAACUUCAACAUUAUCAAGGUACUACAAGCCCCAGACAUGUCCUGGUCCUAAAUCAGCCGUCUUAUCCUUUCAAAUACAUCAGUAAACUUUCCCCCCAAAAAGCUCUCUUCCCUUGCCUCCCCCUCAUCUCAGGUGCCAUGUUGGUCCGACUUUUUUUCUCUUCCAACCGCCCUCCUCUGGAACAUUCUGUGAGGCUCGGCCCCUCCCAGUCGGAGACAUGGAAACCUGGCCGUGGCCGGACCCGGCACAGCGAUGGGCUGCCGUGAACGUACGUGAUGAAAAGGUCCGCCAAACCUCUUCCAAUCGCCCACUUACGUAUCCUCCAUUUCGUUGGUUUCCUGCUGAAUACUUCGGUCCUCCCAGAAAACAUGGCUGAAGCUCAGACAGGCUCCAGGAAGACGACUCUGUUCCACCAAGAAGCCUCUGGCGGAGUCACCUACCGGAUCCCGGCCCUGCUGUUCCUGCCCAAUCAAUCUGUUUUCCUGGCCUUUGCAGAGAAGCGAUCCUCGCCCAAAGAUGAACACGCCAAGUACCUGGUGAUGAGGCGGGGGCAGAAGGAAGGGACAUCUGUCCAGUGGGGCCCCCCGCAGGCCUUGGUGUCCGCCAUGAUUCCCGGCCAUCGAACCAUGAACCCUUGCCCGGUGUACGAGAAGGAGACGGGCAGAGUCUUCCUGUUCUUUAUCUGCGUCCAGUCCAACGCUACAGCGUGGCAUCAAAUCGCAACAGGGAGGAACGCUGCCCGGCUGGGCUCUGUCUCCAGCCAAGACGGCGGCCACACUUGGAGUUGGCUGACCGAUUUGACCGACCGGGUGAUCGGAGACAACUUGAGAAACUGGGCCACCUUUGCCGUCGGGCCCGGCCACGGGCUGCAACUCCGCUCCGGGCGCCUGGUGAUUCCGGCGUACGCUUACUACAUCCGUCGGCAUGUCUCCGGGAAGCCAGCGGCCCGCCGGACGAGGCCUCACUGUUUCACGGUCUACAGCGACGAUGGUGGCCGGAACUGGACCCGCGGACAGCUCGUCCCCGGCUUCCGGACAGAAGAGUGCCAGGUCGCCGAGCUGACCCGCCCAGACCACAGCCAGGUGUUGUACUGCAAUGCCCGUAGUCCAAAGUACAGGGUCGCAGUCCUGAGCACAAACGGCGGGAACCAAUUUGAGACACCAUUCCUGAGCAAGAAGCUACCAGAGACCAGAAAUGGCUGCCAGGGCAGCGUGGUGAGUUUCUCCCCGGCGCUGAAGCCCUCGGAAACGGGCCAAAGAGCAAACCCAGUGGACUCGACUCAUCCGCUGGGCGUUCCUCGCUUGACUGCACUGAAUACCACCAAGGAAUGGCUGCUUUUCUCUCACCCCAUGGGCAGGCGCAAGCGAGUCAACCUGGGCAUCUACCUCAACACUGCCCCUCUGGCGAACGGCAGCUGGAAGGCCCCGUGGGUGCUGCACGAAGGGCCCAGCGGGUACUCGGACCUGGCCGUGUGCCGGGAGAACCACACGUUGCUCUUUGGCUGCUUGUUCGAGAGCGGACUUACCACGGAAUACGAAGAGAUAGCCUUCCGGCUCUUCACCGUCCUCGAACUUCUGAACAACACUCGAGGAAAUGUGACGUGAUGCCCGUUUCUCCCUCGCAGGGGCGGCUGCCCCCAAACCAACUAUAACCCCCGCCUGUGUAGAUUCUGCAGGGCUGAAUCGGGAAUAAAACUCGAAAGACUGGCUUAUCCAUA